AGUCACGUGGUAUCACACGGACGGCCAUGUUUCCGAAACACAAACAACAAGAAGAGCAGCGACUAGGAGCCAGCAGACACAUACUGAUACGCAGCUGCGACCGUUGGAGGAGAGGGAAAAAAAUAAUAAAUAAAAUACAGAGCGCGACUUUCUGAAAGUAGGAUUCUGUCGAAUUAAUACGUUUACAGUGUUUAAAGAGACCAAUGCAUACGAUAUAUUGGCUGUAGACACCGUGCAGACAACUAGUCUGGUAACGUUAGCUAUAAACAGUGAAGUGGUGCAAAGGGAGGAGGACAGGAAAUAAAGGAGUUACCUGGAGGGUCUCCGUCAAUCCACAUUUCAGUUGGAGCGAGAGAAAAAGGCACGGAGGGAGAGAGAGAGGAAGGAGAAGAGGAGUGCGAAUCGCGUCUGCUCUUGGCAGCUGUUCCAGCAGCCUGUUUCAGUGUUUUGGCUAUUAUUUUGUUCCUGCGUUAUCUUUUUGAUGAAUCAGUUCAUAUUUUUAACUUUAAUGUGAGAUAUAACUGCUGUAAAAAAAGAAAAAAAGAAAAAGAAAACAUUAAUACUAGCAAGAGUGUUUUUAUUUUGUUCCAUUGUUAAUUUCCGAGGUUCUUUUUGUUUCUUUUUUUAUGUUUAACAACCUUUUUCGGCUGUGAGUAGCAGGAGCUUCCAUUCUCCAAACGUCGAACCCCCUUCCUUACCUAGUUAGGACCUGAUAACCUGGUAUUCCUCAAGCACCUGAAACUGGCAGCUAUUCUCUUUGUGUCUGUGUGUUUGGGGAGCUCUGUGACCACAGCUUAAGCACCACUCAGCCUUCUAGUCACCUAAGCCUAACUAAAGCCAACCAGCUCUAGCCUGGUCCAGCCCAGUCCAGCCUGCUCCGAUCAUCUGGACAGGAUACUCAGUUCUGUGUGGACGUGAGGAAUAUGACUGCUGAGACUCUUAACUUCGGCCCAGAAUGGCUCCGUGCACUGUCCAGUGGGGGGAGUGUGACGUCCCCCCCUCCUUCCCCCGCCAUGCCAAAGUACAAGCUGGCCGAGUACCGCUACGGCCGAGAGGAGAUGUUAGCACUUUAUAUCAAAGACAACAAGGUCCCAGAGGACAUGCAGGAUAAGGAGUUUGCUGCUAUUCUGCAAGAUGAGCCCAUGCAGCCACUGGCACUGGUGCCUCUCACUGAGGAGGAGCAGAGGAACUUCUCCAUGUCUGUAAACAGUGUGGCGGUGCUGAGGCUCAUGGGAAAAGGGGUGGGUGUGGCUGCCCCAGCUGGAGUGGUCCGAGGACGAGGGGCCACACGAGGCGGUCGAGGACGAGGUCGUGGCGAAGGUGGAUUCUACCAAAGAAGUAUUGAAGAUGCGGAGGUGGGUUUUGGCCGCAGCGUCCGAGAGAUACACCGCAGCCAGAGCUGGGAUGACCGGGGUGAGCGUCGUUUUGAGAAGCCGCUGCGGCGGGAGGUUGGGCGUCCUGGCUUUGAAGAGUCUGUAGGUCCCGGGGGUCCAGGAAGGAAGGAGUACACAAGGGCUGACAGCGAUAACUGGCGCACCCUCCGGGAAGAGCAGGACGAGGACGAGGGGGAGCCGGGCAGCAGCUGGAGACUUACUGGACCCCGCAGGGAUGUAUCCUCAGAUGGUGGUCCUCGCUCAGCAGGCUGGCGGGACCAUGGUCCAGGUGAGAGUCGGAGGAGGAAGUUUGAUUUCGAUUUCCGGGACUCUGAGGGUCAUGGUGGUGGCCGCCGGCGUGCAGGCAGUGAGGGACUAGAGGAUGACAGGGACGGCCUGCCCGAGUGGUGCACAGAUGAGGAAGAUGGGGAGAUGGGCACUUUUGACUCCUCUGGAGCUUUCAUGCCUAUGAAGAAGGGUGGCAAGGAGACAAUCCUGGAGGAGGAGUUAGAGUUUAAGGGGAUAGAGGAUGAGGAAGAAGAGGAGACAUUCGCUGACACUGAGAGGAACAGUGCUGAAGGAGACAAAGACAAGGAGAGUAAAGAAGCCGGCUCUGCUGUAGGUGAUAGUGAGACGAAGCCAGAAUCACCCUCUCCCUCUCCUCCAGUCCACUGUACCCCUCCAUUCCUGGAGCCUCGGCCCAGCAACGCUGGCCCAGUGGUGGACAACCCUCAGCUGAACAACAGCCACCCUGUCAAGGCCAGCAGCACACCCAGUGAAGACGUGGCUCCGGUAGGGGGCUCCAAGGCCCAAUUGAGCCCUAGCGUCCCCACCUCAUCCAGUCUGCCUCCCCCACCCCCUUCCUCUGCUGCUCCUUUCCUCCCUCCAUCUGGAGGAGACACUGAGGACGAUGAGGGCAUGAAGCACCUGCAGCAGGAGGCAGAGAAGAUGGUGGCAUCACUGCAGGACACUUCUUUGGAAGAGGAGUGUUUCACCCAGGCUCUGCAGCAGCAGCAGGAGAGCAGGAACACAGCAGCCGCUCUGCCGCUGUCACACGAGGCUGCCAUGAAGUGGUUCUACAAGGACCCACAGGGAGAGAUCCAGGGUCCAUUCACCACAGUGGAGAUGUGUGAGUGGUUCCAGGCUGGCUACUUCACCAUGACCCUGCUGGUGAAGCGGGGCUGCGACGAGGGCUUCCAACCCCUGGGGGAUGUCAUCAAGAUGUGGGGCCGCGUGCCCUUCGCCCCGGGGCCCUCCCCGCCGCCCCUGCUGGUGAGACAGCCACCACCAACGCAGCGCCCGCAGCCCACCCGGGGGCCCGCCGGGACUGUGAGUCAGAGCUCAGCCAACGUAGAGGAUGGGGAAGGGAGGAUGCAGAGGAGAGGGAAGAUUGAUAGACAGGUCACGGGAAACCUGGACCAGGAGCGCCUGAAAAAGCAACAGGAGCUGGCAGCAGCAGCUCUUUAUCAACAGCUCCAACAGCAGCAGCUAUUCCAGCUCAUUAACAGGUGCAGUGAGCAGGGUAUGAUGCCUUCGAUGAACAGGUCGAUGUCAGUGCCAGAUACAGGGUCCAUGUGGGACAUGCAUACCUCAGCUUCACAGCCGUCGGGCGGUGAAGCCAGUCUUUGGGACAUAACAAUGAAUCCUUCUACUCAGGGUCCAACUCUCGAACAGCUUCAAAAGCUCCAGCAGGAGAGGCGAGACGCUGAACUCAGGGCGAAGCGUGAGGAGGAGGAGCAGCGUAAGAGGAGGGAGGAGAAGAGGAGGCAACAGGAGGAGCAGAAGAGGAGGGAGGAGGAGGAGCUCUUCAGACGCAAGCAGUGUCGUCAGCAGCAAGAACUGAUUAUGAAGUUGCUGCAGCAGACCCCCCAGCAGCAGGGUCCUGGGGCAAGCGGCUCAGGCUGGAGCGGGGCUCCCUCCUCCGGGCUCACCAAGGCAGGAAAGCCCCCGGCUCUGGCUCUGCUGGAAAUGCAGCAGGAGGCAGAGAGGCUCCUGAAGCAGCAGCAGCAACAGAGAGCCCAGCAGCAGAGAGACCGCCACUCUGGCAUGUCGAUGGGGAGCUCCUCCAUGGGAGGGCAGUGGGUGGACGGUGUUGGCAUGUGGGGCGGGCCUGGAGGUAUGGAGGGCAAGGGUGGUAGUGGAGGCUCUUCAGGCAGCAUGGGCAUGUGGGACGAGGCUGUGAAGAACCAAGCCGGCCUGCGUGGCAACAGCAACAACAACAUGGGCUUGAAGAACAGCCGCAGCAGCCCUUCUCUCAGCGAUCAGUACAUGAUGCGUCGUAAGCGGACGGAGGAGGAGGAGAAGCUGCUGAAGCUGCUGCAGGGCAUGAAGCCUCAGGAUGGCUUCACCACCUGGUGUGAACAGAUGCUGCAUGCUCUCAACACCUCUGCCAACAACUCCUCCUCCUCUCUGGAUGUUGCCACAAUUGUGGCAUACCUGAAGGAGGUGGAGUCUCCCUAUGCAGUGCUGGACUUCAUCCGGUCCUACCUAGGGGACACAGUGGAAGCCAAAGAGUUCGCCAAACAGUUUCUGGAGCGACGUGCCAAACAGAAAGCCAACCAACAGAGACAGCAGCAGCAGUUAUCAAAGGAAGUGGCUGGAUUGAACAUGAACUUCCCUCUGCAGGACUCAAUGCGAGGUAUGAAUCCAAGCACCCUGCAGUCCAUGUUUCAAACCAACCACAUGGGCAAGGCUGGUCUCUAUGACAACCAGGGGGGAAAGAUGAAGAAGAAACAGCCCAUGAUGCUGCACUCUGACCCCAGCAUCUUAGGGUACUCAUUCCACAACGCGGGCGAGUGUCUGAGCCUGAAUGAGAUGGAGAUGGUGGAGGAUUACUGAUGUGAUGCAGCGCAGCAGCAAUAGCUACCUGAGGCCUUCUGUCUUUUAAUCAGACAAACCUGAUGACGAAUGUGCACUGCUGGGGGAACCGGGGGGUGGGGGUAGGAAGGGAACGAGCGUGAGGGGAGGUGCAGGGUGGAGGCGCCUGGAUCUGCGCCUCCCACUCUUUCCUUCCCUCUGGCAAGAAAAAAAAAAACGGGCUCCCUGCUGCACCAGUUGAUCACUUGAGCAAGGGAGAGGGGGGUGAUGAGGGGUGAGGUUAAAAGGAAGAUGGGUAUCCUCUGGCACUCAAAAGAUUAAGCACCUUAUACUGAACUAAUGCACUUUAUUGAGAUGGGAUUUGAAUAGUUUUUUUCUUGUGUGUGUUGGGAAUCAGUGCGCAUACGGUGUGCGUACAUACACAUUAUCUGUGUGCAUGUGCAUCAGAACUGGAAGAGGGCGGUGAAACAGUCGGCGGGGUGAAUGGUCGGGCUGUUAGGUUUUCAAAGUCAGGGGGACCUUUUAGUUGAAACCUUAUCAGAGAGCAAAUCCUUUCUCGAAAGACAAACACUGUUGAUAUUUCUCUUGUUUAGCAUUUUUUUUACAUUUAUAUAAAAAGUAAAGCUAUUGAAAAAUGGAUUAUAAAAAAACUUGAAGAUUUGCACUUGCCUAAAAAGAAAUAACAAAAACAACAAAAAAAAUCAAACAAAUGGGGUUAGUUAUAGAAGUGAAUAUUUUUGUGAAUGUGUAUGAAUGACUGUGAGAGUGACUUAUGUGUGAUGGUUGGUUUGUGUCAGUAAUAUACCAGUCUGCACAAUGUUUUUUUUUUUUUCUUUCUUUUGUUGCUUACCGAGAUGUAUGAAACAUAAGAGGCCAUUUUUGUCUUUUGUUCAAAUGGUAAUUUUGUAUUGUGUUUAGAGAGAGUGUGUGUUUGUUUCCCUUCUCCAAACAGGGACUUGAUCUGUAUGUUUUGAGAGAGUGAAUGAAUGAGAGAGAGAGAGAGAGAGAGGGGGCAAUUGCACAACACAUCCUUUCUCUCACCAGCUCUUCAUCCCCAGAUAGAUGAAAUAGAAAUGCAUACAUUUGUAAAUGUUAGCUUUGCGCUCAUCACAUGAUGACCACCACUAGUUUAUUUCCCUUAGCUUCUCCACAUGGGGAGGUGUCUCUAGACCUGUGAGGACUAGCAGACAGGGACAUUACUGUGUGUGCAUCAGAAUGAGACUUUGUAUGCGUGUGUGUGUAUGUUUUCAGUGUGAAUGUUAAUUUACUGUUCAUAGGAAUGAGUUAAGACUACAGGUACUCAUUUUGAAUACAUGUGCUUUUUUGUAUGUGUAUGAAUGCACAUUUGUGCCUAAGAACUUGGAUAGGGUGCGUGGCCAUUGAGACAUUAACUCUUUUUUGAGAGCGAGUGUGAUGUGUGUCAGUGCUCAGCACAGUGUAUGUAAAGUAUGUAAGUUUAUAUCGUAAAUAUUUCUAGUUCAGUCUAGGGGUGAUCCAUCGGAAGGUUAGUCCAGUCUGUUUUCCUGGGGUGUGAUCACGUUGCCUUUUGUCAGCUCUCGAACUUGUGAAUGAAAGGUGUCGAGUUUCUGACUCUGAAAAAAAAAUACAGCAUCUUAAUGUGCAAGUGCACAGAACGGUGCAUGAAAUGUUAGCAUAUUGUGUUACUUAUUCGUUGUUGCAAUUUGAUAAUGACGAGUUUUCUUUUUUUAAUGAAAAAUAUAUAUGAAUAUAUACAUUAUAUACAAAGUUUAAAAAGUAUUUGGACUAAGAUAAUGAGCACUUGGGGCUGCUAUUUUUGUUGUGUGUUAAUUUUUUUUCCCUUAAUUUGUUUUUCAUUUUUGUUUCAUUAUCGCCAUGUGAAGUGUGUGUGUGUGUGUGUGUGUGUGUAUUAUUUCUUUCUUAAGAAAAUAUUGAAUGUAUUCCAAAAAAAAAUGACAAGAAACCCGUGCUGAUACCAGAUAUUAUUUUUUUUUUUCCUCAGAAGAUUUCAAAAAUGGAAACAAAAUACAAAAAAGCUUCGAAGAGUUUCGCAAGGACUUUUUUUUUUAAUUUACACAGUGGAGAAGAGAAAAAAACUUGGGAUGGAUACAGUUGAACACACUGCCUCUACAAUCCUGGUCGUACAAAUAGUGACUAAGAAUUAAAAGAAAGGACUCUUUCUAUUCCAUACUGGAGCUUUGGUUGUUUACAAACCACAUGGAUAUCUGUGGGUGCAGUUUUUUUUAUUAUUUUUUUUGAUUGUUUUUUAAUUUUUACUUUUUUUUUUUUUUUUUUUUUUUUUUUUUUUGGUUCUCACAUAAGACGGGUGGGGUUUGCAAGUGCGCUUCUGCCAUAUGGACACUGAGUGGUGUUGGUUUGAGGAAGAGUUACAGGCAUCACAACAACAUGGACAAGAUCCUCUAACGGCUUGAUGCUCAACCAUGGAGCAGAGGCGUGAAAAUCAAGGAUGGGCUCUGUUUUGUGGAGAACAGAGUGCAGGGCUGCAUAACCCUAGAGGGAACUGAGAGGGCGAUAUGAGUACACCUGGUUAGUGCACUUGUCUUCACCUCAACCCUCAUAAGCACUCACACCCUGCCCUCACCAACUCACCUAUGCACUUUUGUUCAUUAAAGCUGUGAGGUACCAUUUUGGGGAUGGGAGCACAAUUACAACAGGAGGAUUGCUACGACUUUGACAAAGUCACUGAAAAGAUAUUCCCAAACUGAAAUAAGAGACUUGAGAAGCAUGUCUUCUCCCACCUCCUGUAUAUAACCAUAUUUUUGUAUUACCUUUCAGAGUAGAAAGAAAAUUUGCAAAUGGAUGAAGGAAAAUUCAUGAGACAUUGAUUAUAUGGAGUGAAUGUUCUUCAAGAAAAACAAUCUUUUUGAAUAUAGUUUGAGAUAGACUCGCUGUGAGUUUCCCCUAGUUUGCCAGUAACCCUGAAAUAAUCGGGGAUGGAAGGGAAAACCACAUGGACAUUGACUGAGGUGUUGGACAUGCCACAGUGGCUCCAAGACUGACUGACUGAUAGUUACUUAUCCAAAUGGAUGUUGCAGUCGCUAGAAAGAGCCCCACCAAGAGUGUUUGAUCAACAUGCACAGUAAACAGGCAGACACAGGUUUGAAGAGCUGUUGGCAAGGAGGCUUCCACUUCAUCUCCCAACCUGAUGACUGCCCUGAGAGCUGUAGUGACUGCAGGAGGAAAAAUCCUUGGCAUUGGAGUCUGGCUGUGCUUUAUUUGCUGCCCUCUGUAAGGAGGAUCUAAUCUACAGCCAACCCAUGAACCAGUUAACCCAAAACUUGUCCUUUUGAACUUAAACCCUAAGAAACUUUUCUGUCUUGACCUCGGACUGGGCAGGCCAUUGGCAUUAUCAGUUGGACAGUUACCAGAUGAAGUUACAGGUUUCAUCGACCAUGGAUCCCAUCUGUGUUGUAAGUGUUAAGUUUGGGAUUUCAUCAGGCGCUCUCCGGCGGGGAAGAGGAUAAAGAGGCACAUAUUGCCCAGAUGUCAUCACCCACCUCGGCCUGAAACUCUCAGGUGGAUGCAUGGAGGUCUUCUAACCAGCGGAAACAGAAGCAGCUGGAUUACAUCUAAGCCACCAGAAAUCUCUGCAGCUGUGGAACUGGAUGAACUGAAAGAAUUGUACAAAAAAAAGACUUUGAAACAUGACAAAACACAAACACGUAGCUACAUGUCACAUAGAUCCUAGAGUCCAAAGGAGUUGCAGACACACUACAUGCACACCUACAGCAAAAGCAAUGUACGCUCAGUUACAUUGGCUCUCCUCUGGAACCACGUCUGCACACAUAACAGGGCUACAUCAAUAUGAAAUUACACAGAUACAGACACACAAGCAUCAACGCUCAUCAGUAUAAACGCUGAGCUUUGUAAAUAAUGUAAAACUUGGUGUUUUGAUUUUUCUCUCAUAGUGGGUUUUGCUUUAUUUCUCUGUUCAACAUGCCUUAAAUUGUAUAGUUCAGUCCUGAAUGGCUAACUGAAAAUGUUCUCUAAAUGAUGAAUUUAAGUUGGAAAUCACCUUGUUGACUAUCCUCUAAAGUCAAAGAAAGAAAGGAGACUGUUUUCUGUGUUAGCUAACAGAACUGUCUGUUCUGUAUGAACCUGAUACAUGUACAUCUGAUCACCAUGAAAGUUACUAGUUAGCUACAGGAUAGAGCAGCAAGCAGUCUUUGAUUAAUCUGAUUUUGCUAGUAAUUGGCUUUUUUUUUAUUUGCCCUUUUGAUUUCCUUAAAAUGAAGAGUGGAUUUGUUCAGAUUUCCUGUUUAGAUUAUUGCUGAAGGUGCAGGCUUAAUAAAGGGCUGAAGUCUGUACUGUCUGGAGCUGAGCUGACAUGGUGGGAUGCACAGAAUUGGCUUAAAGCACAGACUUGUUGCUUGUGUGGUAACUAUUGUUGGAUAUAUUGCUCUAGGAAAAACUGAAACAGUGACAGGUCCUCCUCAAAUUGAGAUACAAGCUGGGGCUUUUUGCCUCAUUUUUUACACUUGGGCGGACUUAUAUGUUUUGGAAGCUACUAGGUACUUUUUACAGGUUUGAGAUGUCAAGUCAGGCUUGUAUUAGAAGAAUGAUUGUACGAGCAAGCUUGCAUGAUUUGUAAUAUUAGUGGGUUUGUCACUAAACCUUGAGGUGGGUCACAACUUGGCCCAGAUUGCCUCUGCUUUGUCUGUGCACCUGGUAGUGCUAAUGACCUUCUUUGAUGACACUGAAUAGAUCAACCAGUCAGUAGUUCUCUGAAAGGAAAUUCCAUGUCCCUAAAAUGUGGAAAGUGUCUUGUUCCAUCUAUGUAUAUCUGAUUGGAUUUAAGAGAUUAAUGCUUUUAGUCAAUCAGUAAAGUUUUUUUUUGUAUCCUCUUGAUAACUAAACAAUAUGCAGUUUUUAAUCCAAAUGGCAACUGAUAUUCAUUGAAUACCAUCAACUUAGACUUGUAAUACUCAAGUAUCCUAUAUAUCCUCCAGUAUGUUAUAACUGUUGACUUGAUACUGAAUAAAUACUAAAUGGUUACUAAGUUUAAUGUUGUAAUCAGUUGCCAAAACAAAGAAAUUGACUUUAAUCAUACUAUCAAGUCUCUUAUUUGUGAAUGACUUUAUAAAUACCUGUUUGACAUUUUUAAAAGCUGAUGUGUGGUAUUAGUCGUUGGUCAGUCAGUCAGUCUGUCUUAAAAGUUUUUUGCAGUUUAUUUUACUGCACUACACAUGCUUUUAUGAUUUAGAUAAACUGCAAUGUUGUGUUUUCAAAAAGCCCUGGAUGUUUGGUUGCAGCCUUUGUAAAGAUCCUGUCUCGGCCUGUCCCCUUGAGGGUAUGAAGUUGAUCAUAAGGUGUAUUUUAGCUCGAAACUAGUUCCAACAAUAUUGGCCUAAAAGAUAUAAUGAAAGUUAUAUCCCAGUCAGCUCAGCUCCUUUGCUUAAUAAGUCUUGGAAUGUUGUUAAAAUAACAGCAUACAUGUAAUGAAACUGUUUUGGAAAAGAACAACAGAAAGAUGUGUAAAUAGUUUGGCUUUUGUUUGUUUGAAGAACAAAAUAAAUACUAAAUAAAUGGCAUUUAGCAAUUCA